AUGUCGACCGGGAUUAAUUCGGUGGUUGCGGCGAUCGAUGAGAUGACGACCACCAUUUCCGAAAUUGCGAAGCACGCCGAAACAAGUGCUGGUGUUGCCGAUAAAGCCACCCGGAUUGCUGAUGACAGCAACAAUAAAAUCAGUCAUCUAGGUACCGCGGCGGAUGAGAUUGGUCGGGUCAUUGAGGUGAUUGAAGAUAUCGCCGAACAAACCAAUCUGCUGGCAUUGAACGCGACGAUCGAAGCGGCCAGAGCUGGGGAAGCAGGCAAGGGAUUUGCCGUGGUGGCGACCGAGGUCAAAGAACUAGCCAAGCAAACUUCGUCGGCAACGGAUGACAUUCGUAAACGUAUCGAGCACAUUCAAAGUUCGACGCAGGAUGCUGUGAGCUCGAUUUCAGAGAUCAGCGAAGUGGUCAACAGUGUGAAUGAAUUGGCACGCACAAUUGCUUCUGCUGUCGAAGAACAGAGCAUCACGACCAAGCAAAUCUCGCAAGAUAUUGCGGAAACGGCUUCAGCUGCGGAAGUCGUUUCGCGAGGCGUCGAUGAGUCGGCAACCGCAAGUAGCGAGAUCACGCAAAAUAUCUGCGAAGUCGAUCGUGUCCUCAGCGAAACGGUCCAGGGAGCCGAGAUGUCGCAGCAGUCAGGCGAAGAACUGGCCCGUCUCGCAGACAGCCUGAAAAAGGUGGUCUCGCGGUUCAACAUCGGAGAAGAACAUCCGAAAGCGAACGACGCGGCAAGCCAUCCGGCCAUCGGCGUUGAAGUUGUGGCCGUCGCUUCGGAUGGGAAAAGUGCCCUCGAUAAGAUCAAUCAUUUUCGCCCAGACCUGGUAACGCUUGACGUUGAAAUGCCGGUCAUGAACGGAAUCGAGGUCUUACGCGAACUGCAUAAACAGACUUGGAAGCCGGAAGUCAUCAUGCUUAGCGCGAUGACGGAUCAUGGCGCACUCGCAACGACUCAGGCACUUCGACUUGGAGCGUUCGACUUUGUCUUAAAGCCAAACCAGUCACGUCUGGAAGAUAGCUGUGCUCAACUUCAAAAUGACCUGUUGCCCAAGGUCAAAGUUCUUCAAGAGCGACUCGGAAAGACACCAUCGAUCGAAAAUGAAGAAGCG